CAGCGAGAUUUAUGCAAGGAUGUCGAUCUAUUAUUCUUCAUUGAUUGAGUAUUCAUCGACCAGUUCGAGUGUCGCCUCGACUAUUGCAUCUUGCAAGUGGCCAAGGGAGUCGCAACAAGGGCUUCGUCGCUUGGUAGCCUCCGUCAUGAAGUCCAUAGAGCGCAAUGCCCCCGUUGCCCCCCUUACGCCCCAACCCGGGGACGGUUUGUCGAAAAAAGGUCAAGCCAAGGCGAAACAGCGUGGGGACUUAGUGUCUUUUCGUCAUCUCUUCCGCUACGCCGACCGCACCGAUGUCCUCUUGAUGGCCGUGGGGACAAUCGCAGCGAUUGCAACCGGGACCUCGCAACCGCUUCGGAUUUUGCUCUUUGGCAACGUUGUGACCACGUUCAACCCCGUGGACGGGUCCUACGACCACAUGCUGCAUGAAGUGUCCAAGAUCUCGCUCAGUUUUCUCGCGAUGGGCCUGGCUGUCGUCACGACGGGCUUCAUCCAAGUGGUGGCGUGGACGUACACGUCGACGCGUCAGUCCGAACGCCUUCGCUUGGCGUACAUCACGGGCAUCCUCAAGCAAGACAUUGGCUGGUUCGACGUCAACAAUCCGCAGUCACUGGCCACCAAGAUCACGGAAUCCGUGCUGCUCAUUCAAGACGGAAUGGGCAGAAAGGUUGGCGACUACUGGAACUGCAUCGCCAUGGCGGUCGCCGGAGUUUCGAUCGGGUUCAAAAGCGGGUGGAAGCUGUCUGCCGUCGUGGUCGCGUUCCUUCCCGUGCUCGUGCUAGGAUUGGCGUGCAUGAUGAAAACCACGGCGCGAGCUGUCCAAAAUGCAAUCAAGGUAGACAGAUCUAUCGAUCCAUCCAUUCAUUUUUUUAUUAAGAGCAUAUAGCCAAGCUGGAGCUGUGGCCGAAGAAGCGCUCGCCAACAUACGCACGGUCCACGUGUUCAAUUCGAUUCCCGCCACGUCCGCCAAGUACAACGACGCGCUUCAAUUGGCCGAGGCGGCGGGGAUCAAGAAAGGCCUCAUGACUGGCAUCGGCGGGGGGUUUACGUUUAUGAUGAUCUUCACGACGUACGCGGUCGCCAUCUCGUACGGCGCGGUGCUUGUGGCGACGGAUAACUUGACGCAGCCAGGAUGCAUGAGCGACUGUUACGACGGCGGCAAAGUGCUCACGGUGUUCUUUGGGGUCAUCAUGGGUGCCAUGGCGCUGGGCCAGGCGAAUCCGAGCAUGGAAGCGAUCGUGUCGGCUCGCGCGGCAGCCUUUGAAGCGUACGGAACGAUCGACCGGCCGUCGAAAAUUGACGCGCUGACUACGGACGGCGCCACGUUGAGCAGUGUGGAAGGUCGCAUCGAGCUGAUUGAAGUCGAGUUCCAGUACCCGUCGCGGCCCCACAUUCCAGUGUGCAAGGGGUACAGCCUCACGAUCGAAGCGGGGGAGAAAGUUGCCCUCGUGGGCCCCAGCGGCAGCGGCAAGAGCACGAUCGUGUCCCUUGUUGAACGUUUUUACGACCCGAUUCACGGCGUCGUCCGUCUCGACGGGGUGGACCUCAAGACGCUCAACCCCCGCUGGCUACGGCAACAGAUUGGGCUCGUGGGGCAAGAGCCGUGCUUGUUUGCGGCGUCGAUAGCCGUCAACAUUGGACACGGCAAGCCCGGGGCGACCAUGGAAGAGAUCCGCGACGCGGCCAAGCGGGCCAACGCGUUGGAGUUCAUCCAAUCAUUUCCGCUAGGGUUUGAUACACUCGUGGGGGACCGUGGCACGCAGUUGUCGGGCGGACAAAAGCAACGCAUUGCCAUCGCCCGGGCGAUCGUCAAGAACCCAGCCAUUUUGCUGUUGGACGAGGCCACAAGUGCGCUGGACACGGAGAGCGAGCGCAUCGUGCAGGCGUCGCUGGAUGCAUUGCUGAACGACCGAAAGCGAACAACCAUCAUCAUCGCCCACCGGCUCGCGACAAUCCGAAACGCCGACCGCAUCGUCGUGUUAUGCGAAGGCAAAGUCGUCGAACAAGGGUCGCACGAACACUUGAUGCAAAUCGACCAAGGGCAGUAUCGUAUGCUCGUGGACGCCCAGUCUCGCAAAAGCCCCCGAAAGGCAAGCAAUGCCGUCAUGAAACUGACGUCUUCUGUGGACGACGAUGUGGCCGCAUCCCCCACGGAGAUUCCUGUCCCGGUUGCGGCGACCACGUCCGCUCCAGCGUCGACGCCAUCCUCCCCCAAGAAGAAGAAGACCGCCAACCAGGUGCCGUACGGUCGUAUUUGGACGAUGAGUCAACCGGAAGUGGGGUACUUGGUGAUGGGCUCGAUGGGGUCGUUGAUCACAGGCGCCACGUUUCCCCUGUGGGGAUACCUCUUGUCGAGCUGCAUCGUGCUAUUUUUCAAUUUCAAACUCACCGCCGACGAAAUGAAGUUGGAAGGGCUCAAAUGGUCCGGGUACUUUCUCAUCCUUGGCGCGACCUACUGCGUUGGCAACGUAGCCCAGAACUACGGGUUCUCGGUCGUGUCGGAGCGCCUGACGACGCGGCUGCGGGCGUUAGGGUUUGCCGCCAUGUUGCGCCAAGAAGUCGGCUGGUACGACUUCCCCGAGCAUUCUGCCGGCGCUUUGCAGGCCAGUUUGAGCACGGACUGCGCGCUGAUUCAGAAAAUGUCGGCGGAUUUGCUCAAAAACGUGCUCAACGUUGUGGUGUGCCUCGUGAUUGGGUUUACGAUUGCGUUCUACCACAGCUGGCAAAUGACGUUAGCGCUCCUGGGGGUGUUUCCUCUGAUGGGGUUUGCCUCGAAAAUGCGCGCCAAGUCGUUCAACCCCCAAGUCAAGGAAGACGAAAACGAAGGCGACGUGAUGGCUGGCGCGCUGCUCUCGGAAGCGAUCGGGUCUAUCCGGACGGUGGCAUCGUUCGGGAUGGAGGACGUGAUUCAAGCCCACUUCACCAAACUCGUGGCCAUGGCCGGGGCCGACAAUCGGCGCGCGGCGCUGUCGAUGGGAUUUGUAUUCGGCCUAUCUCAAGCCAUGAUGUUCUUCGCGAUGGCGUUUUUGUUUUGGUUUGGGGGGUACCUCAUUAGCCACCGCAUCAUUGUGUUUGCCGACAUGUUUUCGGUGCUCAUGUCCCUCAUGAUGAGCAGUUUUGGGCUGGGUACGGCCGCACAGGCGCUGGGGGGGAUGGGGAAGGCCAAGCAAGCCACCGCCAACGUGUUCGCGAUCGUGGAUCGAGUGCCUGCUAUUGAAUGCAUCACCAAUGACGGUGUCAAGCCAACACUAGUCGUGGGACGAAUUGAGUUCCAAAACGUGCAAUUCGCCUACCCCAGUCGCCCCGACAGUUUGGUGUACAAGGAUUACAACCUGGUAAUCGAGGCCGGCACCACGGUGGCGCUAGUUGGAUCCAGUGGCAGUGGCAAAAGCACCGCCAUCGGGCUCUUGGAGCGCUUUUACGAUCCGUAUGCUGGCCGCGUAUUGUUUGAUGGAGUGGACAUCCGCACCCUCAACUUGACCUGGCUUCGCGAACACAUUUCACUGGUGGGGCAAGAGCCAGUGCUGUUUGUGGGCACGAUUGCCGAUAACAUCGCGACGGGGAAGCCGGGAUCAUCGCAAGACGAGGUUGAAAAGGCCGCGCAGAUGGCCAACGCCCACGAUUUUAUUCAGCAGUUCCCUGAAAAGUACAACACCCAAGUUGGAGAUCGUGGCAUUCAGCUCUCGGGGGGGCAAAAGCAGCGGAUAGCCAUUGCGCGGGCCAUUUUGCGAGACCCCGAAGUCCUUUUGCUUGACGAAGCCACGAGUGCGUUGGACAACGAAAGCGAGCGAAUUGUGCAAGCGUCACUGGAUGCGCUCUUGGACAUGAAGAAGCGGACGACGAUCGUCGUGGCCCAUCGACUCACGACCAUUCAAAGCGCCGACCUCAUUGCGGUGGCCCACGAUGGACGUAUCGUCGAGCAAGGCACGCAUACCGAGCUCCUGGACAUUCCGUCGGGGUUGUAUCGAACUCUAGUCGCUCGACAAGUCGAUGGGAAUGCAAACCCUGCGACCACCACGUCCGAAGAGUAGCGUUACAGCACUAGUCGUAGAGUUGAGAGCUUUAUUUUUACACGCGUACAUUUAAUACUUCAUUUCUCAUUCAACGAUA